CGCGUUCAAGCGAUUCGUGUAACUGACGUCAUCAACCCGUGAAUCAUCUUGAACCAUAUUAUAACCGCGGCACAUAAAACAGAAAUUUUGGUUAUUCGCUUUUAUUUGAUUAUAUAUUUCCAAACACAAAUUACGACCCUGAGCUGCGUUCGUAAAUUGUUUUACAGAGUGUCCUGGGUACUACAAUGUAACAAUAAUUUUAGCGUUCAUAAUAAUUGUUUGUCGUACCUGCUCCAAGUGUUCGGAAAUAGACAAAAGUAAUCCUUCUGGAACGUCAGAAGUGCGUUUUUCUUCCCGUACUACAAACCUUGGGAAUGAUAUUAUUGUCACUUAUAAUUCCCAGGUUCAUUAUUCAUUUACUUUAUUUAGAUAUCAAAAAGUGCUUAAAACUGCCAGAAUAUAUAUUUUCAUGAUAAAUAUGGACUGCCUUAUAUCCAUAGUCCCUAGGGUUUCUCAUUUCUUAUAACUAGAGUGGUGACAGAAAACGUAAAUAAUAAAAUUUCAUCUGUCAAUCUAUAUUCCAUUACUGUGUGUACUGUAUUACAUUACCCAGUAGUUUACAAGCGCACCCCUGCUGGAACAAGUUCUGUCUACUCAUAACCUACAAAACAUUUUGACUCAUGGUGUUGUGGUUGUGAAGCGAAUUCAAUUUAGUUUUUGCAAAUCAUAGAACCAUGUAUGAUUCUUGAUUGCACGUUAAAAUGAAAUGAAAAAACACAGUAGUAAAGUACAAAAUGAUUAUUUUGAAAUGUAAAACAGACACUGACCAAACGGCACAAAACAUAGACACUCACCAAACAGGCAAUAAACGCAAAACAAAAUACAAAGCAUCCUCGCUAGGGUAUUAUACGUAUCUUGAAAAGUGACUUCUAUCAUUUUUUGUACAUUUUGCAGGUUUUUGUGACAUAACCAACAUAACGUAGGUUUUUCUACAAAAUGUCAACUUAGCACUAGCUGUUGUAUACUUGUGAACUCGUUUUGUAGCUGUACCUGUUGCCUAAACGUCAAGAUGCUCCAGCUAUCAAUGUAUGGCACUGAUGCGAUGUAACAUCUGCUUCAGAGAUGGCAUUAUUGGAGGUCUAAGCUAGCUAGGCCUUAACUCCGAGAUAACUAUGACGGUGCAAAGACUAACUUGAAGUUAGCGCUAACCCUCACUUUAACCCGAACCGGUGCAAACCACCAACAAUUGUAUAAAACGUUGGAACCAUCGUGUGGGACCCGCAUAACACAAAUGAGUCACUGGAAAGCGGCUCGGGAUUCUACCGUUACACACGUCAACGUCAGUCAGCAGUCACACGUCUGUCAAUUCUUGUAUUAGUGUUUUGUACAGGUGAUUUGUGAAUAGUUUUUGCACAGUCACAAUCACAAUCCUAAAAACAAAAAAAGGCUAUUCAUUUGGAUCUUUACAAAGAGAGGUAAAAAAGCAAAUAUGCCUGCAGGAACUGCAUUAUUUGGUAGUGCCACCGCUGGGCCAGGGUCUACGGGAGGCAAUAAGCACUUGAUCGAAGUACGCGCUGGAAAAAUGAAUUUAAGAGGCCGUAUGGUUUAUCCAGAUAAGCGCAAGGGACUCCUUUAUGUUUACCAAAGUGAGGAUUCUUUGAUGCACUUUUGUUGGCAAGAUCGCACUACAGGUAUGAAUAGGGUUUUUAUCCAUCUUGAUGUUUUGUGGCAACAAGGUCACUAUCAUUACACCUUCCCCUAAUCCUAAGAGCUUAAAGUGUAAAACCUAGCUUAGAUCAGAAAUGUAAUCCUUGAAGUAAGAAUAGUGUAUAUGUCAGUUCUACAAUAAACAUUAAUUAAGUGAACCCAUUCUUCAAACCAUAAACUAUUGUCACUUGACACAGUGCAGUGCAAAGGAACUAAAAUUCUAGCUUUGUCUACCAUCUGGGUAAAUAGAGCUGAUUAACCAACUAGAAACUAAUAAUCAAGAAUAGAAGGCAGCAAAAUAUACAAAGGUAUUGUGGAAGAUGACUUGAUCAUAUUUCCUGACGACUGUGAAUAUGUGAAGGUUCCACAAUGCACAACUGGACGUGCAUACUUGCUUAAGUUCAAAUCAUCUACAAAAAAAUUCUUCUUUUGGAUUCAGGAACCCAAAGUAGACAAAGACGAGGACAACUGCAAAAGAAUCAAUGAACUGUUGAACAACCCAUCAAGUGCUGUACAAUCUGCAAACAACCCGGAGAGAGAUCUUCAGCAGCUUUUGAAUAGCAUGUCUCAGUCACAGCUGAUGCAGCUCUUCAGUGGAGCUGGACAAAUGGGAGGACUUUCAAGUCUUCUGGGAACCAUUCGCGGUCCCAAUAGUGGCAGUGCUCGCACUAACACCACUCCAGCAAUAACUCAUCGAAGCCAGGUACCUAGCACUCCAACGCCAACCACUGAAAGCACUGCGAGCGGUCAAGGUACUGAACGUGGACCAGAAAAUACUCCAACCACAGGAUCAACAAUCCAACUUUCUGAUCUGCAAAAUUUUCUGCAAGGAAUUACUCCUAUCGGGGGUGAAGGCGGUCAACAACAGUCUGUGGAUUUAUCUACAGCUUUGACCGGCGACGCUCUAGCAGGGGUGUUGAACAAUCCGGAGACACUCCAACAACUGCAAAGUCACCUACCUGCAGUAGACGAGAAUACCCAGGAAGCCCUUAGGUCUACUCUGGCCUCACCACAGUUUCAACAGGCUGUCUCCCAGUUCUCAAGUGCAUUGGAAUCAGGGCAGUUGGGCCCCAUCGUGUCUCAGUUAGCUGUGAAUCCAGAAGCAGUGGCUGCUGCAGCUCAAGGAAACAUGCAAGAUUUCGUGAAGGCUUUAGAAAAGAGCAGCUCUUCUACUUCUACUCAAAGCGAAAAAGACAAGGAUGCAGACAAGAAGAACACCAAAAAGGACGAAAAAAAGGAUGAUGAUGAUGAACAAAUGCAAUUGGAAUAAACAUUGCUUUACCAAUACCAGAACGAAACGAUGAUGGAAAAUUGAAAAGUAAUUCUUGUAGUAGUUUUCAUUUUAUUUAAAUAGGAAUGUUUAUUGAAAUCAAGUGAAUUUGAUGUGCUUAUUUUGUAUCAUGUCAAAACACAUAGAAUGCUUACCAAAAUUAAAGGAGUUAUUUCUUAUCCCGUAACUAUUUCGUCAGUCUUAAACACAUUAUAGCCACCAAAUUUGCCUGAAAUAAUCAAGUACCAAAUUGGAAGAAAGUAGCAUAACCCAUAUGCUACUGGUCUAAGCACUCCUCUGUAAGUAUGCAGAAUCAACUAUUCGAAAAGCAAGUUCAAACCUAACCGCCCAAGCAUUAAGUUCAUCGCAAAUAUCGUUUAAACUAGUAUGGGAUUGGGUGAACACUAUCAAAGAGCUGGAAAACCGAAACAAGGUAACUUUGCUGUGGGUACCAGGACAUGAAGGGCACAAAGGAAAUAAAACGGCGGUUGAGUUAGCCAGACAGGGUGCCUCAUCCGACCAGAGCCUUUCUCUGUGCCGUGACGAGAUCACGCACCAAACGGUCCAUAAGAAGUUGGACCAAGAAAAAGUCCCUAGAAUGGUGGAACGGCCAAUUGUGGCAAAGGCAUUACGUUUUUUUUUCGAUCAGCUUGGGUUGAAUUGGAGCUAGAAUAUACACACUUUUGGUGUAUGUGCUUCAAGGCUGGGAGACAACUGUUAGGGAACAAAAACCCCACUAAUCUAGAAAGAUUUAUAAAAACAUAUUUACAAUACAUUUUUCUUGCAUGGCGAUCGCAGAUGUUUAUUUUCAGACUUCUUUUUUUUUGCUUCUUCAAUUUGUCAUUCUAUGUGUGGAAUCACAUUCCUCCAAAUUUAUGUCCAUACUUUUUAAAUGAGAGUUGAAUGGGAAUUAGUGAG